AUGACCGACGUCGAGCUGCAGGCACCGCCCAGCGAUGGCGUCUCGUGCGUGCGCUUCAGCGCGCAGUCGCCGCUGCUGCUGGUGGCAUCGUGGGAUGCGACGCUUCGUUUGUAUGAAGGGGUUCGACUGCGCGCGAGCGUGGACAUGGACACGCCGGUGCUCAGCUGCUGCUACGGCCACAGCGACGCUGAGGCUUUUGCGGGUGGCUUGGACGGCGAUGUACGUCUAGUCGACGUCCAGACGCACCAGAAGACCACACUCGGGACACAUGAAGCUGCUGUGCGUCACGUGGGCUACUCGAACGAGCUCGGACUCGUCGUAAGCGGUAGUUGGGACGGCUCGAUCAAGAUCUUUGACGUGCGGAACGGCGCCAAGGCGGAGGUUCACCAGGCCGCCGUUGCUGGAAAAGUCUUUGGCUUGGACGUCCGCAGUCACUUGGUGGCGGUCGGGACGUCGGAGCGACGAGUGGCCGUGUACGACUUGCGGCAACUGGCGCGGCCAUUGAUGGAGAAAGAAAGUCCAUUAAAGUACCAGCUGCGCUGUGUCCGUGUGUUUCCCGACCUUGAGGGGUUUGCUGUUGCGUCAGUGGAAGGCCGAGUCGCGCUCGAGUACUUUGACGACGACGAGCGGACGACGACGGAGGAGCCGAGUCGGAAGAAACGCAGCUACGCGUUCAAGUGCCACCGCGGCAAAGUGGACGACCAGGCGCUUGUUUAUCCCGUUAAUGCGAUCGCGUUUCAUCCGACGUACGGUACGUUUGCCACUGGCGGAUGUGAUGGAAUCGUGAACCUCUGGGACGGCGCCAACAAGAAGCGCAUCACGCACUUGCGGCCGUACCCGACGAGCAUUGCAGCCAUGGACUUUAGUCACGAUGGAUCAGUACUAGCUGUUGCGGCCUCGUACACGUACGAGCAAGGCGAGAAAGACCACCCGAACGACGCUAUUUUCCUUCAUACGGUGCAGGAUUCGGAGAUAAGUUCACCGAUCUGCGUUGGGUGGCUGUACAAUAUGCUCGGGCCGUUUGUCGUGCCUUCUCAUUGCAUUUUGACGAAAUGUCGCUGCUUUUCAGGACGCUCCGUUUGA